AUGGAGGCGAAGCUGGACUGGUUGGAUCGCGAUGAUGCUCGCUCACCAGAAACGCAAAGGUAUCUUUCCAGUAGGCGCGAGGAUGGCUUGCGCAAGGGUUCUCCUCGCAAGGCCCUGUUCCAAGACAUAGAGAGUCAGCUUGAGAUAUAUGAUAGCCUCCUGCAACGCUCGGCGCAGAUAUACCAGCUCGAGGAGGCACCCAACAAGCAUCGGCAGGCUGUUGUGAACCAUAUCUGGAGCGACGGCACCCUUAAGGAGCGAGACAGGGAGUAUAUCCAGCACGCGGACGACCUUGUCUACCUCAACGCCGACACCGAGGCCAGCUGGGUCCAUUGGUUCGUCGGCUAUCUGCUCUACUUUACCGGACCAGUAUUGAUGAACAGAUUUCGGACCGAAGUCCAAAGGAUCAAGCUAAGAGGGGACAGGAUGAGCAUUUCCCUGUACGAGAAAAAGAGGUUCAACAAGUUCGUCAACGUGCUAUUCACAAUCAUCAUUGUGACGCUCGUCAUGGGCCCGGUAAUGGUUCUGUACACAAUCCGCGAUGCAAAUGGGUACGUCCGUAACGCAACGGCGGUGAUAUUCACCGCAUCAUUUGCUCUGCUUUGCGCCACAGCGACAAACGCUAAAAGGCAAGAGGUGUUCGCAGUAACGGCGGCGUGA